AUGGCGAAGGUAGACAACGAGGAGCUCCGGAGAUUCAAGGAUGUUAAUCUCGACGAAGCUCCGGCGCGCCGUCAUGUUCGAGAUUCCUUGAAAGAUAUUCAGCUUAGUCUCGAUCAUAUCCUCUUCAAGACACCAGGAAAUGGAAUUAAGACAAAAGAGUCUUAUGAGGUGAAUUCAAGAGGAGUUGAGAUCUUCUCAAAAAGCUGGCUUCCUGAAGCUUCUAGUCCCAAAGCUCUGGUUUGUUUCUGCCAUGGUUAUGGAGACACUUGCACCUUCUUCUUCGAAGGGAUUGCAAGGAGGUUGGCAUUGUCAGGAUAUGGAGUUUUUGCAAUGGAUUAUCCAGGGUUUGGCUUAUCUGAGGGCUUGCACGGUUAUAUCCCUAGCUUUGAUCUUCUUGUUGAAGAUGUCAUUGAGCAUUACUCCCACAUAAAAGAGGAUCCUGAGUUUAGUUGUCUACCAAGCUUUCUCUUUGGACAGUCAAUGGGUGGAGCCGUGUCUCUUAAAAUACAUUUCAAACAACCAAAGGCCUGGACUGGUGCAGUCUUGGUAGCACCCAUGUGCAAAAUUGCAGAUGAUAUGGUUCCACCACCAGUAUUAAAACAGAUUUUGAUCGGUUUAGCUAAUGUUCUACCGAAACACAAGUUGGUUCCACAAAAGGAUUUAGCAGAAGUAGCUUUUAGAGAUGUCAGCAAGAGAAACAUGGCAGCAUACAAUGUCAUCUGUUACCACGACAAACCACGUCUACGAACCGCUGUAGAAAUGCUUAGAACAACUCAGGAGAUUGAGCAACAGCUGGAAAAGGUGUGUUUACCUAUAUUGAUUCUACACGGAGAGGCUGAUAGAGUGACGGAUCCAUCAGUGAGCAGAGAGCUUUACCAGAAAGCGAAAAGUUCAGACAAGAAGAUAGUUUUGUAUAAAGAUGCUUAUCAUUCUCUGCUUGAAGGCGAACCAGAUGAAAUGAUCCUCCGUGUCUUGUCUGAUAUUAUCUCGUGGCUUGAUGACCAUAGCUCGCAAGCUGAUGAGGGAUCACUAGUUACUCCUAUCAUUUGCCUUUUUCUUGGGCUUUCUUGGGUUACAAUUCAAGAUAGUGUGAAGAUGUUCUCGGCUCAGAACAAGAUCAAAAAGGACAAGAAUGCUGCUCCAACAGAAUGCGAGGAGCAGGUUGCUCAGGCUCUGUUUGAUUUGGAAAACACCAACCAGGAGUUAAAGAGCGAGUUGAAAGAUCUUUACAUCAACCAAGCUGUUAACAUGGACAUCUCUGGAAACCGCAAGGCUGUUGUGAUUUACGUCCCAUUCAGAUUGAGGAAAUCUUUCCGCAAGAUUCAUCCCCGUCUCGUUAGGGAGCUUGAGAAGAAGUUUAGUGGAAAGGAUGUUAUCUUUGUUGCCACAAGAAGGAUCAUGCGUCCACCAAAGAAGGGUGCUGCUGUUCAGAGGCCACGCAACAGGACUCUAACCUCUGUUCAUGAAGCAAUGCUUGAGGAUGUCGCUUACCCUGCUGAGAUUGUUGGAAAACGUACUCGUUACCGUCUUGAUGGUUCCAAGAUCACCAAGGUGUAUUUGGAGGCCAAGGAGAGGAACAACACAGAGUACAAGCUCGAGUCAAUGAUGGGUGUGUACCGUAAACUCACUGGAAAGGAUGUCACUUUUGAGUACCCUGUUGAAGCUUGAA